ACGGAAAACGUUUGAAGCGUUUUCAGAGUGAAACCUCCAUUUUCAAAGGAGACCAACAGAGAAAAAAAUACUUAAACAUAAUAUAAACACCUUUCACCUACCUCAAUAAGAAUUAAAUGAAUACAGGAAUGAAAAAUUUUAGACUGUACUGAAAUUGUAACUUUCAGUGUAUUUCUCUCCUGAAAAGGAGGCUUCCGGAAGUUGCUCAGCGAUGCAAUGUGAACCUGACGACAAGAAAGCACACCUUUAUUGUUAUUGAUCACAGAGCUUUAGAAACAACUUCAUUUCCAGUCCACAUUUUUAAGAAUCUUUCAGUGACGACACAAUUCCCGCUAGAGGCGAUGCCUUUCGCAAAUUAUUUAGUCAGUUUUUUCACAUCAACAUUUUGGUAUUCAACAACGGUCAACAACUAAUCAGACGUUAACGAUUUAUUAAAUAGAACUAUUACACACUCCUGAUAAAGACGUUAAACUACGUGAAUUCUACUAGAACUCUCGACACUAAAAUUUCAUCUUCUUUAUUUUGACAUUUUCUAUCAAUCUGAUGUUUUUUCGUCGACCCAUUAACUAAAAGCAGGAGCUAAAAGCCAUUAGCAUUUGUUACAGCAUACGUGCUCUCCGCCGUCUCUUUGUUGUGAGGUCUUGUGAAUUAAUCUACGACUAAUUUAUUGCCGGUCGGAGACAAAGCAGCGAACUAGGCGGCUUGGCACAUAAGAAUUCAUUGCCCUUUCAUCGUUUGCGUUUCUGUUUGUUCCCUACAAGUUGCAAACAUACCAGUUUACAGCGCUAAGUUAUUUAUCAUUAGUUUCCAAUAAACUGUGAUGAGAUCGAAGACCAAUGUUUAUCAUUCUUCAGACCUCCCCCAAUAAAGAUAUUCCAUCAGCUCGCGCGCGUUAGAAUGAUUUUUGAUCAUGACGGCGUGUGAUUGGCGGGAAAUUAUCCACCAUAUCUCGAAGAUCAUAGAUGUUAUUGAACUUUGAACUACUACUUAUCAGUGAAGUGCAUCUAAAUCGGUCGAGUUCACGAACUUAAUAGCGCCUUGGCAGUGGCAGUUGCUUUGUUCUGACGAACGAGCAUUCUAGUUGCCAUGGUUACCCACAAAAUCAUCGACAGUAGUUGAUAGUUCUCUAGGGCCUGAGUAUCACCACUUUCCACGAUACUGGGGAAAUUUUGAUUUGCUACUCCUUCAUCAGUGCAAAUGACAAUUUUCUUUUACAUCAGAAGAACUUUUUUACAGGACUUUUCUAAAAGUGAAAUCGGAUACAGCUGUUAGUAUUUUUCAAUUUCCCUCAUGAUCAGUUCUUGUGAUUUCCGUGAUAUUUUUCCAGAAAGUCAGUCAGAAAGACUGCUGUUCGUGUUGAUCUAUACGACCUGUUUACUAAGCUUUUGAAAUUUUUAAUAGUUGGUGGGUUUUGCCUCGUGACAGACAGCUACCCAAUGAUUGCACAGAGCAAUGCGGGCGGAAACUGAUCGGAAGGAAAGUUAUGAAUUGAGCCGUAAACGGGUCUUCAUUUACGUACUUAGCUAAACGGAUUGCGUUAAGACAGCCUCUCAUCUCUAAGAUGUCCAACGUAACGUCUUUGUCUUCUACCAGGCUCGCAAAUGCCCUUUCUUCCCGCAGUACCACUUUACAAGUGAUAGAAUCCACAGCUGUACUUCUUAUAAACGUGUUUGCACUCGCCGGUAAUGCCCUCCUUUACUUAGCUAUCACAAGGAACCCCCGCCUUCGACGGAACACCACCAAUCUAUUCAUAUUGUCCCUGGCCUUUUCCGACAUCCUCAUGGCCUUGCUGUGCAUGCCGUUCUCGGCUGGAGUCUUCAUUCAAGGACGGUGGGUUUACGGUCAGUUCGUCUGCCAGAUUCAGGGGGUCGCUUUUUUCGUGUUGGCCUUCGUUUCCCUAGAAACUAUGGCAGUAGUUGCAGUUAACCGCUUCGUCAAUGUCACAAGACCAGCCGUUUAUCGCCGGAUUUUCACACGCAGAAGAUCGCUCAAAAUGAUUAUCUUCUUAUGGCUUCUUUGUGUAGUUUACGUCGCCCUAUUUGCUGGUUUAAAAUGGCCAGCUUUUGUCUUCGACCCAGGGAAAACAAUUUGUCAUAUCAAGAUAUCGGACCGCGCUUACAGAACAGCCUGGAAUGUUAUAACCAUAGUUAUUUUCGCGUUCCUACCAAUGGCUACCCUGUUUCUUUGUUAUUGGAGAGUUCUGAGGUCCGUUCGCCGGCAUAACGCGGACACCCUCCGCUCGCUUCGCGCGUGCAGUCUACAUGGUAACGCCCGUGUACUGGAAGACAUUAAGAUAAGUAAGCUUAUCUUAGGCUUAAUAGCUGGCUUUGCCUGCUGUUGGAUUCCGUCAUACGGAAUCGCCUACACUAAACUGGCGUACCCUCCUAUCGCUGAGCAGCGCCUACCUCAAACUCUGUGGGUGUUUUUGGUAUUCAGCUCUAGCGCGAUAAAUUCCGUCAUUUACGGAAUUCUAAACCGAACUUUCCGUGCUGAGAUUCUCAAGAUGAUUACUUGUCGCAGACGAGGAGACAUCGCUACUGAAGACAAAGAAAUGAUUCAUUUGUGAAGAAAGGGAACAGUACAGUAGUUAUUGUUGUUAGUUGUGAGCUGUAUGCAGCUGUUCAGCUCGUUAGGUUAGUUUCCCUUAAUGUAAAUGCGAGACUUCGCGAGAAGGCGAGACUAGCGCUCUUCUUUGCGAGCCCGAGAUAUUUUGACUUCUUCAAUUUCCAGACCGAGACCUCUAAGUGUUUUAACUUUCAGGUUUUAAGACGUUUAGACGUCAUAAAAAAAGAAACAAAUUAAAAUCGGUACUUCGAGACUUUUUCAGCCUUGCAAAAAAAUAAAAUCGAGACUUCGAGUUAGCCUUGUGAAAAAAUCGAGACCUCGAGACAUACACUGAACUGCUAAAAAACCGAGACUGCGAGACCCGUCAAAUUAGACGAAAAUUUUGCGAGAGCGAUGGUUUUGAAAGGACCAUUCGCCACUCCUCUCAAUGAAUAACAACAUAAUCCCACAAAGUACAAGAUGUUUUCAUUCUGUCCCGUUCUACUGAGAGAGAAUAAAAGCCAUACCAACUAAAAUAUCGCACACGAAAUAGUGAAUUUCCGAUCGACCGAUCGAGGAAAGCAGACAAACUAACAUACCAGAUUUUUAUCUAUACGUCAAGUUGGGUUGUUAGCUGCAAUAUUGUUUCUUUCAAGAACGUUCAACAAUUCUGUUCAAUUUACCAAUGUAGGUCUUAGGUAACUUUCGCUUACUACAGAUUCACGAGUUUACAUGGAGGAUGUUAUUUUGGCAUCGCCCAGUCCGUUGGCAAUGUAUAUGGCAAGCCUAGUUUAACCCGGUUAUCGGUAACAGACGGGGAAAAAGCUACAAUUUUCUGAUGACGCAAGGAGUCUUUUUCCGUGAAAUAAUAAUAAUAAUAAUAGUAAUAAUAAUAAAAUGUUCCAAGCCAUUCAGCUGUCUUAAAGAUUGAUGCUAUCCCCAACCUGUCUGCGAAAUACAAACAUGAAGCAAUCUUAUCUUGAAAAGGAAAUGAAAAUACUACUUCUAUUUCCGUUAAUUAGAACUUUUCAAUUAUACCAAAGUCAACAUGGCGUCAAUUUGUGCGUCACCCCUGAUGCCAUGUUGUGUCCGUUAUUGCGCCUAGAAGUCUUAAUUAGGUUAGGGAACUCUAUUCAAUUUAAUUGCUUUGGAUUCAAAGAGAUGUUUUAGCGUUGUCGUCGUUCUCGUUUGAACAAUCUAUAGAAAAACGCUAGCAAAAACUUAAUUUGCAAUAAGCAUGUUAACUAACGUUAGGACACCUCAGAGUUACCUUCGAAAGAAAUCGGUAACGUUCGGUUUUGUUCGGGAAUUCUCCGGCGGUGAAAUUCAGAAAUUGUCGGAUAUCUUCGGAACGUUUUCAGUAUCUUCGAUCGGAAGAGGCUGAUAAACUUAUGAGUCUUUUUUCAGUUCUCGCUAACAGGGCGAGGCCAGACGUAGGGGAAGAAACAGUAUACGGGUGUUCUUGUAGUCAGUCGCUAUGUGUUCUUGGGCCAUUUUGGGAGUGAAGAUUGGAUACGAGAGCGGUCACAGCGCAGGGAGUCAUUGGUUGGAACACGACCAGAUAAGGGACGCCAAAGUUAUCUUGUGCCUCUGUUUCAAAACGAGUCCUUCUGCAAAACCUUUCAUAUGAAAAUGAGUUUGAUUUGCAUGAAAAUGAACCUGUUGGAGGAACACAUUUUCAUGUGAACGGAAUCGCAAAAAGAGGCAAUAGGCAACUCGGAAAUGGCCGCGUUUUGCAUUCUUUCCCAGAACGCCCCUCUUACCAUCCAUACCACUCUCGAAUCCAAUCCUCUCUCACAGAAAUAAUAAAAAUACUGCGGUUAUAAAUAUGACAAAACAAUGUGUGGAGCAUUCAAUUAAAAUAUAUUCUCUGAUUUCUUCUUCUAAUGUAUUUACAACAUCUUAUUUUGUUUCAUCACGCGAUCCGUGAGGUCCUUUAAAUUACAUUACAAUUCCAUAAAAA